AGCCUCUGUUUUCUCUGUAUCUCAACCUCAUUCGAGUCUUUUGGAGAAUUAAGUAGUAGUAUAUCAUUUCUAUUGAUCUUUGUCCAAUUAAUUAAUUUCAGUGAUCAUCAAGUUACUCAUCUAUGGUGGCGGAAAAGAGUUUUGCUGUGAAACUGAACAUCCAGUGCGCAUGCGUUGGAUGUGUGGGAAAAGUCAAGAAAGUGCUGAAAAAGACUAAAGGAGUGCAUUCAUAUACCAUUGAUGCAAAUGAAGGGAUGGUUACCGUCUCAGGUACCGCGGAUCCACACGCCCUCUUAGCAGCGCUUAGAAAGCAUUUCAAGGGAGCAGUGCUUUUGCCGGAGCAAUUCGAGUCCAAGAGCAUGCAAAUUGUACCAGCAAAACCAGUUCAUGGAGUUCAUGACCACCCAAAUACAGCACCACAACUGCAGCAAUUAUCCGAAAAUAAUGAUCAAGUGUCAACAUUAAUGAAAGCGCGGGCAUCAGCUGCUGCUGCUGACGAUGAUGACGACAACAACGAUCACCACGAUGAUGAUAAUGAUGAAGAUGAUUCUCUUGCCAUGAGUACUACAAAGGAAAAACAAAUUAGUCACGAGCAUGACCUUGAGUUGAAAAACUAUAACAAACCUUUCAUAUGCAGCGGAUGCAAGGAGCUAGGUUUUGGACCUAGAUUCAGAUGUGAGUCCUGCGACUAUGAACUUCAUAGGGAAUGUAAGGAAUGUUGGAUCUCCAAAAGCCAAAUUUCGCUUGAAUUUUUUGAAGGGUGCACCUUCAAAUUCUUUGAUCAACUCGCAAACAAAAUCUGCGAUGCUUGUGGGAAGGACAUAUGUGGCUUUGCUUACCACAGCGAAGCCAAGGACAAAUCGUCACUGGAUCUGCACCCUUGUUGCAGCAAGCUCGAGAGCAAACUAUGUAUAGAUGGUUAUGAUUUUGAGCUUCAUUACGAGGUGUUAUCGAAAUGCAAGUGGUGCAACAAGAAAUAUCUUCAGGGCAGCAAAACGGCCACUAAUAUUUCGGGCUGGUCUUACAUUUCUGCUCGCAAGAGGUGUCACUUCCACGUCUAUUGUGUGACUGAAAUGGUGCGUGAGGCAUGGAGGCAGGGGUUCAUUGAUCACAUUGAUUCCGUGGCAUUAAAGAAGCUGGAUACACAGCUUGCAGUAAAUUGGAAUAGGAAUUCGAAUAGGAAUGAUGGAAGAAGAGAGAGUGAUCAUCAGUUUAGUCGGCACACAACGAAGAUGUUCCUCAAGGCCAUAGUUGGUGUUCUGUUGGGGGAUCCAACGAUGCUUCUUGCUUCUUUCCUGGUGGAUAUGUUUACAUAAUAAAACAUGGAGAGCAGAUGAAGACAUGCCAUAAAAUUAUUUAUUUAUUUUUUGUUAUGUA